ACUAUUAGCAUGGAUUACUGGUUAAAUUUUGCAAGAAAACAUUUCAGCUAUGAGGAACCUUAUAAACAUAUUGUUAAUGUUAAUGAAAAAGAUUCGAAUCUUCAAAUUAGAAUUGAUAACUUCAUCGGGGUCAUGAAAGCUUUAGAUACAAGAUUAACUGAUAAGGAUUUAGAAAUUUUAAUGCAAAUAACAAACCCAGAAAAAAAAGACACUUUGGAUCUUAAAACUGUUUCACAAAAAUUAGCUCAAUCUAUUUAA